ACCUCUUUGUCUUUUUGAAAUAUUUCAUUUCAAGAAACCCAAAAAGUUCUUCAUUUGAACUAUUUUAUACUUCUGUAUUUUCAAUUUUAAUAAUUUUUCCAGAUAUACUUAAAAACGAUAAAAGUAUGGAUGCAAUAAAUAAAAUUAAAAAAAUUCAAAGAAAUUUAAAAAAGUUACAGCAUACGGUAUUUAAAGAGACAGGAUUACAUUGUGAUUCAAAACCAACAAAAAAUUUAGUAAUUGCCAACUCUGGUUUAGUUAAUGGAUUGUCAGAAGAAAUAAUUUUUGAACAUUUUUCUAACUAUGGUUCUCUAGAAAACAUAUUAUUACUUCCAGGAAAAUCUUGCAGCUUCGUGUCAUAUCAAAAUAUUAAUUCGGCAUGUCGUGCAUUUGAAAAUUGUAAUGGCAAAUUAAAUAUUGCCCAAGACGAUAAACCUGUAUAUCUCUUAUAUACAGGAAUCUUGCCAAAAGUUAAAUCGAAUAUAACAUGGGAUAAAUUACCGCCUGGUUUAAUAAUUUUACAAAAUUUUAUUUCUGUUGAUGAGGAAGUAGAGUUGUUGAAAUUAUGUAAUUUUGAAGAAAAUUUGAGUUUAAUGAAAAAUAGACAAGUUAAGCAUUAUGGAUAUGAAUUCAGAUAUGACAUCAAUAAUAUAGACAAAGACAAACCAUUAAAGGAAUCGAUUCCCAAUCAGUGUAAAUUUUUAUGGGAUCGAUUGCAGGAAACAUAUAAUUUGAAUUUUCGACCUGACCAAUUAACCAUAAAUCAGUACAGUUCAGGGCAAGGAAUACCACAUCACAUAGACACACAUAGUGCCUUUGAAGAUCCUAUAAUAUCAUUAUCAUUACAGUCGUCAGUUGUAAUGGAAUUUAAAAACGAUGAAGAACAUAUAUGUGUUCUUCUACCUCAUAGAUCUUUAACUAUUAUAUCUGGUGAGAGUCGAUAUAAUUGGACACAUGGGAUAAUACCAAGAAAAUUUGACAUAAUCCAUUCUAAUAAUAGUUUCACCAGCUUGGCAAGAGGAUUGAGAACAUCCUUCACUUUUCGAAAAAUUUUGCAAGGUGAAUGUAACUGUAGUUAUAAAUCGAAAUGUGAUUCUUAUAAAAAACAUGCAGCCGAAUCUGCUAUAGAGAACAUAAACGCUUCUCAGUUAGAAAAACUACAUGUACAUGAAAUUUAUGAAAACAUCGCUGCACAUUUUAGUGAUACUAGGCAUAAACCUUGGCCAAACGUACUGGAGUUCGUACAGUCAUUUGAGACUGGAUCUAUAUUAAUCGAUGUUGGAUGUGGCAAUGGAAAAUAUCUCGGUCAAAUUAAGAAUAGUUUUGGUGUGGGUUGCGAUCAAAGUUCAGGAUUGAUCAAUAUUUGUAAAGACAGAGGAUUCGAAGUGUUUGUCAGUAAUUGUUUAAAUAUACCACUAAGAGAUAAUAUUGCUGAUGGCAUUCUUAGUAUAGCCGUUAUACAUCAUCUGUCAAAUGAGGAUAGAAGAUUACAGGCAAUAAGGGAAAUAACAAGGGUGUUAACUAUUGGUGGUAGGGCUCUAAUAUAUGUUUGGGCAAAAGAUCAAUGUAAGGAUAAGGAAAAAAGCAGUUACAUAAAACAAGAUAGAAAAAAUCGGAGAAGCGAACCAAUUAUAACUAAUAUAGAAACGAAUCAGGAAGUGACAGUUUUGAAUGGAAUUUCUUUACCAGUUCAUACAAACAGGACACAGUUUAAACAUAGUGACUUAUUAGUGCCGUGGAAGUUAAAGAAUCAGUAUCAUUCAGACGAUACAUUUUUGAGAUAUUAUCACGUCUUUGAGGAAAAAGAAUUGGAUGAUUUAUGUAAAAAAGUGAAUAAUUUAGAAAUUCUCAAAAAUUAUUAUGAUCAAGGAAAUUGGUGUGCGAUAAUUAGAAAAAUUUAAUAAACAUAAUAUUUUAA